GGGGGGGGGGGGGGGUAUUACAAUGCAAUGCAGGAAUUGCAGUUAUCGAGAUACUUUGGAAUCAACGUUGUGGUUUCUGUUCCUCCAAAGCUGUUUCACUUCAAGGCAGAUUGCUGUGAUAACUUAUGCUGAGCACCUAUUUAUACAAUCUUAAAUAUAAAAAAUAUUACUAAAAAUGAUUAAUUGUGCUACCCUGACACAAUUCAUCAUCAGAGAUGAUUAGAUUGACAGAGAUGUUAAAUUCCAAAUUACACACACUGAUUGCUUUGGAUCAUGUUUCCACAUCCAUUUGUAUCAUCUCCAAUUCUCCUUUCAGUACGGUCAGAGUUAUAGCUGAGCUUCACCUAAACAUGCACUCUAUUGAACAUACAUUUUAAGGGUUUUUUUGUUUUGUUUUUGUUUUCAAGAGAUAGGAGUACGAUUACGCAGCUCCAAAGCUUGUAUUGCUACCAAGCUACCAAGACUGGUAAAUUUGAACAAAAGGGACAGAUCUGCGGAGAUACAGAUAGUAUCAAUACACAACGCAUGGGCAUCACCAAUUUUUACAUCUUGAAGACUAAAACUAGUGUACCUACUGAUGCUCCAGACCACCAUUUGGGGGCUGUCAUUGAUUUUAUAGGCCACCAGAUAGACAUCUGUGCUUACCAGCUCUUUUUCAGUAAAAUUCAAAAGAAAACCUCAGAGCUUGGUCAGAUAUCAUCUGCCCGUCACUAGUAUUUUUCUAUACAGUGCAUAAGCAACAAAGACUAUGCUACAUUUAAGCAGUGCUGUGUGGUACAGUGCUAGAGUAAAUGCUGUUUCUGUCAACCCCGCAGAUGUAGUAAGCAGUGCCAAUGAUACCAGAACUUUACAACUACUUAAUAAGUACGGUAAUAUGAACAAACCAGGACCAAUCCCACUGGAUUAUAACUUUUUUUGGAUUCAGAGCAGUGCAAUUUUAUGAGUUAUUUUUCCCUGAAGUGAGAGGAUGUGAAAAUCAUCCCCCGCACAUCGUGAUUUCAAUCAGAUAUUUCUCAAGUAUUUGGGUUAAAAGUCAGAACCAUUGGGUAAAUUUUAUUCCACUUCAUUUGUUUCUAAGGUUUCAAAACUGCAAAUUGGACAAUGUCAGUGCAGCCAAAAUGAAAUUCAUGUAAACUAGUUGAUUUAAGACCUGAACAUUGUUCGUAAUUCAAAAGAUAAAGUCCAUAAACUAUAACUAUUGCGUUUGCGUAAACAUGUACAACACUGCAUUUAAAUGUAGAAAGGGACAAAUGGGGUCUGAAGGAGCACAGCACAAAUUGUUCAAUUUAACCCGAGACCCGCCUCUGACAUGGCAUAUUACCAAUCAGGAUUACAGGAUUAUGGAGUGGCACCUGGAAUGACCAAUCACAUUUUAAAAAGGGGUCCAUGCCCCCCCAGGCCACCUAUUCAGACUCGCCCCUGGCUCUGCGACCUUCCUCUGAAAAUUAUAUAUAUACACUUGGUGGUAGUUUAAUAUAGCAGACUUAGGCCGAGUUCGGACAGAUCGUAAUUAGAGAGGCUGUUAACCGGCAGGUUAAACCACGACCAUUUGCUUUAGUGCGAAUAAUACUCGCUCAAAUUUAAUCAAGGUCAAAAUACACCGUCAGUAGAGUUCGCUGGCUUAAGUUUCUUCGUACACCGAUAACGGAAAUAUCACGUUAUGGUAGCUAACAGCACGAGGACGGGACAACAAAGGAGCUAUGACAACCGACAGGAGGCUCCUGCUCGAUUCUGACCGAUAACAGCGUCCGUCAGAAGGCUAGAGACAGACAUUACAAACACGUGCUGCCUAUUUAGCACGCCGAGUCACGUUUCAGAAACACAGAGCUGUCUGUAAAGACUUUAAAUAUGUAUUUAGACAGGGCGUCUUUAGAGCUACGUGGCUAGUAGCUACUACAGUUAGCUCGCACGCCGCUGGGCUGCCUGGUCCUUGUGUGGUGAUUUAUGGAGAGGAAAAACACGGCAGCCCCCACCCAGGCCCGAGCUCUGCGUAUGACUCCGCUCGAGAUAACUCCUUCACUUACAAAGACCAACUUUCAAAGAAAAGAUAGUUAUUAAAUUACUUAUUUCUAAAAAAGUUUUAGUUCUUCAAUGAUUAAAGAAUAUAUAUUAAAACUCACCCCAACAGCUUUCAGCACUGUCACCAGCGCCGCUAGAAGCAGCACGGCACAUUACGUAGUGAUUAGGGAAGCGGAUAUCGCGAUAUUUGACAAGGUUAGCGCUGCCAAAGAGCCUUUAGAAAGAGAGAGUAAACCCUUUCCGCGCUGCUCCUGAUGGGUAACUUUGACUGUGAUUGCGCAAUGAUCCUUUUGAGAUUGGAAAUAUGAUAGCGAAUUACUCAUUGUUGUAUCAUCAAUACUCGUGCAACUGGAAAUUAAUGUUUUGUAUUUUCAUGUAUCACCACGUCAUGCAUCAGUGCAGUUCAUCUGAACACAACAAGUCCAACCUUUACGCUCUCGGUCGUGGCUGAUCUUCGCUCCUGUUACAGUUUCUGGAGCCACACGUUGCAACUUUGGGAUGUAUUCAAGAAUGAAAUCGAGUCGGGCUAAUGUCAUUUAGGGUUACAUUACCUAUGGAUAUAACUAUUCACCCCCCCUGCAUAAUGGUAAUAUUAAAUGCUGAAACACAGAGGCAAAAUGUUUUGAACCUCCCGUUGUUAAACAUCUUGUCGAUCAUUUUCACCGAUUUCAAGAUUCCUCUGGGUUUGCCCUGUUCCUUCCACAAGGACUUCUUCACCGCUCCAACCCCUUGAACCCAUGACGGCUAUUCAAAGGACUGCAAAUCCGAAAAAGUGAAGGUUGUGGGAUGGAAAAUACUGCGCAAAAGUUAUCAUACUGUCCAAAUAAAAUAAUAACUUGUUCCUAAAAGUCAACAAUAAAACUAAUUAUGUGCCACUAUUACAAUGUUGAGGAAAGAAGCACCCCCAAAUAAUAUGUGCCGAUAUAAAAUAGUCUUUUGCCUAUAUUUUAAUAUUCAUCUGAGGUCAUGAAAAAUAUAUAUCCAAAAGAUAUUCUGUGAAUAUAGGAAAUCAAAUCUCAAUACAACAACAUAACCACAACUUGUAACAGAUAGUGUGAAAAAUAAAACCCUGAUUUUUCUCAAGGUGAUUUUAUUAUGUACGUAGACUAAUUAGUAAUGAUUAUGUAGCCUGGCCGGGCCAUCCUGUUGCGUGAAUCACUUGAUGUUCCUCAAGUUCAUGUUCAUGUUCAUCAAGUGAUUCACGCAACAGGAUGGACCGGCCAGGCUAAUGAUUAUGUGCUCAUACGUGUAUUUUUUAUCUCUUGUGCAAAAUAUUUUUAUCUUAAGGAGACGAGUUAUUAUUUGUUUGGGCAAACUAAUAAUUUGUGCACAAGAUAAUUAUCUGCAGGGCUCUUUGUACUUUUUUGUAUGCACAAGAUAGCCUUCUCUUGAGUAAACAAGACAUUUAAUUUGAUCUUUUUAAAUUUUUUUUUAAUGAAAUCAUCAUUUGUUGCCAACUUUGGACCAAUGUUAACUAAGGCCAAAUAUAUGAUGCCUUAUCUUUUUUUUAAUGUGUAUUAAUUUACCUACUUUAUCGGGGGGAGAAGAGAUAUUUUAUGAACUAAAUGGAAAUGCUGAAUUUAUGAACUGUAGUUUGAAUGAGUUUGAAUAUUUGUGUAAACAGGGCAACCACAAUUUAUUCGUACAUUAUAUCCACCUUUAAAAGGGGCCUAAUGAAUUAUAUCACUAUUUUCAGUAAGAAAUUUAUUUUUGCUACUGUCUUUCAACGAACUGAAAAAGUAAUUAGAAAAAUUAUUGGAAGAAUUGUGUGAAAUCGGUUUGAGAUGGAGGACAACCACAAGUCUGCCACAAUACUGUGCACAUAUGGGGCUUUAUUUUGUUUUGUUUUUUAUUUUAUUUUAUUUUAUUUAUUUUCUUCUUUUUUUUCUCAUUGUGUGACUCUGAUUUUGUGUAUAUUAUUUUGUGUAAUUUAUGUUUAUACAGAAAAUGAAAUUGUUGUACUCUGUGGCACAUGGAAAUAAAAAUUUAAUAGGGAAAAAAAGAGAAAUCGUCAUUUGUCUGUUCUAGUUUGAUGAUUACAUUGUGCAUAAGAUGAUUUCUUACACUGCGAUUAAAAUUAAAACGUCAUAAAUAGCCUAAAUACACAAAAAGGACAUUCGUUUUCACUUGAUUCCAAAAAAUAAAGCAUUAAAUUGUCUCCCAUCUUAGAGACUAAUGAAUACAUAAAUAAAACAAGUUGUUAUCGCUGUUCAUGUGGGUGUCACAAUCAGCUGAGGGAAAAUUACUGGAAACACAACACGAUAUUUAUGUUUGAACAUGGUUAAUGCUCAUUUUCACUUCAUAAUAUUGGAUUGAUUACAUUAGAGUCACGUAUACAGUACUCACGCUUGUUAUUAAAAUCCAAAUACCCAAACUCCCCAGCAGAUGGCGGUAUUAUCCCGAACAUAAUUUUUAAUACAUGAAGAAGAAAAUACGGAAGUGACGAUUCGUUCACUGUCAAACGGAUACGGUAGGUCUUGACAACAAACCCGAGAGAAGAGUAUUUUUUUUAUUUAAUUAACGACCUAAUCCGUCUACUUACAGAUAUUUGAGGUCAUGCUAUAGUUUUCACAUGUCGCUAUUGAGGUACUGAAGUUGCUUCAGCCAAAAAGGAGAUAAAGUCUGCUGUUUGAAGCUGAUACUGUGAGGCUUACAGAGCCCACCUGAGCUGCUGUUGAGAAGCCUUCAGCCUUCAGGUGUUCAUACCUUCCAGGUGGUUCAAUGGCCUGUACUCUAGAAAAAGUAUUGGGUGAUGCCCGGACUCUUUUAGAAAGGCUGAAAGAGCACGACACGGCCGCCGAGGGUCUGAUAGAGCAGUCCGGGGCCCUGAACCACAGAGUCCAGACCAUGAAGGAGGUGGGAAACGCUCUGCCAGACAAGGUGAGGACAAAAACACAGGAGAUCUAGUUUAAACACAGUAUUACAUCAAGCUGCUUUACUCAUUAACAUGCACAGACACUGCACUGGUACAACAGGACCUAUUUAAGUCUAGUUACUCCAGAAUGUAGGGUUUAUCAAGCCUUUGACAGCAGGAAGUUUUGGAUUGACUUUUCAUGUCUUCCUCAGAUUCAUCCUUCUCCCUCUACCCUCUCCUCCCAGCAUACAGAAGACUCUUCAGAGAUCCAGGAGCUGACCAAAUACAAGCCUCAUGUCCUUCUCACUCAGGAAAACACGCAGAUCAAGGAGCUUCAGCAGGAAAAUAAAGGUGAAAUAAACUCAACCUGCUCUCUGAAUUGUACAGAUGUUGUUGGAUAUCUUUGCCAUGUUCUGUAUUACUGUUUUUGCAGAGCUCUGGUUAUCUCUUGAGGAGCACCAGUAUGCACUUGAACUGAUCAUGGGCAGAUACCGUAAGCAGAUGCUCCAGCUGAUGAUGGCGAAGAAAGAGCUGGACACCAAACCUGUGCUCAGCCUCCACGAGGAUCACGCAAAAGUACACCCGCUGCUUGUAACGGAAAGUUAUCAUGUUGAAUUUAUUGUUUUUGGGAAAUUAAUUGUUCGUUUUUUUUUCCAAAUUUCUGCAGGAGGUGCAGAGCCAGUUGGAGAGAAUAUGUGAGAUGGGACAGGUGAUGAGGAGAGCAGUGCAGGUGGAUGAUCAGCACUACUGCUCUGUUAGAGAGAGGCUGGCACAACUAGAGGUCUGUACAGUACUCUUUUAGAACCGGGGACAGCUGGGGGGGGUUUUUCCACACAUUUGUGGGGGGAAAAAACAAAACAGAAAAUUGCAUAAAUAAUUAACUGUUUAUAAUUAUAAAUAGUAUCUGUUAUUGGCAUUGUUGGUUAUUGGUGAAGUUAAACUGGGCUGUAAUGCCUACACCAAUAAGCUACAUUUCUUUAAAAUUUUUGAUCAAACAUUAAAAUUGUAACUGUAGAAAAAAUCAUCCUAUCCUCCAAAUCUUUUUUUUUUACCUUAUGAUUGUUUUACCCAUUUUUUUUUUACCUCUACAACAUGAAGAAGAAAAACUGAAACUUUAAGGGGUACAAUCUACACUACCGCCCUCUAAUUGCCCCCAAAGUUAAUUUAUUAAAUCCUCUUUUCCAGUCUUCUUUUUAGUUUUAGUUACCUGCUUAUAGUUUAAAAACCGGCAUUUUUCUCUGUGACCUUAUUAUACCAAUUAUAACAUAACUGAUUAUGUGUAAAUAUAGAACAUUAUCUUAUCAUUACUGUUUCUGUAUGGAACCAGUGGACCUCUGUAAAUAAAUAUAUAUUGACAUUAUUUAUUAUUACCUGUCUUAAACACAUAUUCUUUCUUCAAUAUCGAGAACUAAGUAACCAUUUUACACUUUUCCCCCCUGAAAAUGUGGUUUAUUGAUUUCCCACAGUCAUAUUAUGAUGAAUAUGGCCAACGGAGCAAAACACAGUGCAAAAAAAACAAAAAUAAGUGCCUUAACUAAAGAUAUUGUAUCUUCCAGUUGCAAUAUAACACAUACAUACACGUCUUCCCCUUUCCUCAAAGUAACUGGUCCCAAUCCCUCUUUCUAAACCCACAGAUUCCAGACACAGGUAUAGAUUAAGUCAAAGUAUUUGUUAUUAAUUAGAUAUUGCAUUGACUUUUGCCAAUUUUAGGGUGUGCGACAUGUGCUGCGGACAAUUCUGAGACACUAUAAACAAUAUUUGAGUCAACUAUACCCCUUUCUUCUUGUAAUUUUUUGAUGCUUAAAAGAAAAGCUGCAAACAUUUGAGCUGACACCGAUAAAACCGAGAUUGGUCAAUAUUGGUUACAAUAUCUUGACACUUGCGUAACACUGCAUAGUGUCAUACUCAUGGUAGGUUAAAAUGUGAUUGGAAGGGUCUGGUCUUACAAGAAGGGACUCAGUCUUAUCCUCUUUUGAUAAAGGUCUUUGUCUAGAUUUGUUCUUUUGUUAAAAGUCUCGAGAUAACAUUUGGUGCUAUAUACAGAAAGACUGAGUAACCUCAAGUGUAUUAGGGUGGAACUAAAUACCAAGAGAAGGUGGGAUGUGAUGUGAUGUUAUGUAUUUGGGUUUAACUUUUCAUUUCUGUCUUAAAGUAGUUUCCUUUUUUUUUUUUGUAUAUUUUUCUCAGAUUGAGAACAAGGAGCUGCGAGACCUCUUAGUCAUCAGCAAAGCUUCAGUGAGGACAGCAAGAGAAGAACCGAAGCAGCCAGCAGCAGAACAAGAACAAGAACAAAGCCAGAAAACCCCAGAGCCAGCUUCUGAUGAGUGAGCAGAACAACUUAAAACCAGCUGUUAAUGGAGCAUCUUUCAGGACCAGGGGACAGGGUGGAUGUUCUCUUUACCUGAAUUCACCACUUCAUAUUUUUUUUACAUAAGACGGAGGCACCGUCAAACCACAGCAUAUUUUUUUAAGUGAAAGCCACUUAAACACAGCAUUCUGGCUAUAGCAAGCACCUACCUGUGAGUAGUUUCUGAUGGUAGCUAUUGUUCCUUUAUGUACAGCAUGUGUUUUGUCACUGCAGUCUUGUUGGAGUGAAUUUGACACAAACUUUGAUUUAAACUGAAAUAUAUUGGUUAUCACUGGUGGACACAGAAAUGUGCCAGAGUUAAAGCAAAGGGGAUUUCUUUUCUUUUUGGCCAAAGAAAGAUUUUCAAGGACACAGACUCUACCUCUUUGGUGCCCCUUUGCUGUUCACACACACACAAACUCCCAGUGUGUUUAUAAUCACCCAUACCUUUUGUUCAUCAUUAGGCCACUUUGUAUUUGACACCAUUUACAAAUCUGUGCUUGAUAAUCACUGCCAACAAUGUGACUUUUGGCUGUUUCACAGAAUGCCUGCUGAAGAGUGGAUCAUUUGUAUGUAAUGGUGUGAUUAUUUUAUGAAUUUGAUACGUUUGUCAGUCUGUUUGUAGAGUCCACAUAAAACAUGUUUUCCAUGUUUAGUUUUUUGAUUCUGGGUGUUAAACACUAGUUUUGUAGUUUAAAGAUUUGGAUACAGAGUAAUCAAGUGUACAAGCCAAUGGAACGUCUUUAUUCAACAAAUUAAAGACAUUGUUUAUUAUAGUGUGAUGGAAAUCAAAUGUUUGCAGGCUAUAUGUGAUCAGAAAUUAGAUAUUGUCAUCUCAGGAAAUCAGUGUUUAAAAGAUGGACAUGCUGUAAUGACUUCAUGACAGUUUACUGAUGUGUGUGUCGAAUGAAAUUCAUGUUAACACUUAAAAAUAAAUUUGAAAUAAAAAAUAAUGUGCA